AUGGUUGGAUGGGGAGGCAAUAACGGUUCAACAUUGACUGCUAGUAUUAUUGCCAAUCGUCGAAAUAUUAAAUGGAAAACUAAGGAUGGAAUACAGUCACCAAAUUAUUUUGGUUCACUUGUUCAAGCCUCCACGCUCAAACUUGGUGUUGAUGAAAAAGGCAAUGAUGUUUAUGUUCCUUUUAAUAAGAUACUUCCGAUGGUAAACCCUAAUGAUUUGGUCAUAGGCGGCUGGGACAUUAACUCUUGUAAUCUUGCUAAAGCCAUGGAACGUGCAAAAGUACUUGAUUAUGACCUUCAGCGUCAACUAGCUCCUGAAUUAGAAAAAUUUAAACCGUUACCUUCAAUUUAUUAUCCUGAUUUCAUAGCUGCAAAUCAGAGCGACAGAGCCGAUAAUCUUAUUUCUGGAAACGAUAAGAAACAACAUCUUGAACAUAUUCGUAAUGAUAUUAGAAAAUUCAAAUUAGAUAACCAGCUUGAUAAAGUGAUUGUGGUUUGGACCGCAAAUACAGAACGUUAUUCCUCAAUUAUUCCUGGCAUUAAUGACACUGCUGCAAAUCUAAUUGAAGCUGUUAGACAGAACCAUUCUGAAAUAGCUCCAUCAACAAUCUUUGCAUUAGCUUGUAUUCUAGAAAAAACACCGUUCAUAAAUGGCUCGCCACAAAAUACAUUUGUACCAGGUUGUGUUGAAUUAGCAGAAAAAGAACAAGUUCAUAUUGGUGGAGAUGAUUUUAAAUCUGGCCAAACUAAAGUUAAAUCGGUGCUGGUAGACUUUUUGGUGAAUUCUGGUAUUAAACCGGUUAGUAUAGCUUCCUAUAAUCAUCUUGGAAAUAAUGAUGGCAAAAAUUUGUCUGCGCCUGAUCAAUUUCGAUCAAAAGAAAUUUCUAAAAGUAGUGUUGUCGACGAUAUGGUCGCUGCUAAUCAUAUUCUAUAUAAACCAGAUGAACAUCCAGAUCACAUUGUCGUGAUCAAGUAUGUUCCAACUGUAGCUGAUUCGAAACGAGCUUUGGAUGAAUAUGUCUCUGAGAUUUUUAUGGGUGGAAAGAAUACAAUCUCGUUGUACAACACUUGUGAAGAUUCACUAUUAGCAUCACCAUUGAUUUUAGAUUUAGCCAUUAUCACUGAAUUGAUGACACGUAUUCAAUAUCGUACGGACAACAUGUUAAACUAUUCACCAUUUGAUUCUGUUUUAUCAAUUCUAAGCUUUUUAUUGAAAGCACCAUUGGUACCAAAAGGUACACCAGUUGUCAACUCGUUAAAUAAACAAAGAUCAGCAUUGGAAAAUAUUUUUAGAGCGUGUAUUGGUUUGCCACCUCAAAAUGAUAUGUUGUUAGAAUACAAAGCUCCGGUAUAUGGACCUUCUAAUGGUAUUAACGCUAAUGGUACUAAUGGUGUUGCUAAUGAUAUUAGUAUUAAUGGUACUAAUGGUGUUGUUAAUGGUAUUAGUACUAAUGGAACUGGUAACGAUGAUAAAGGCUUGGGCAAAAAGAUCAAGAGAGAUCAUUGA